UGAUCAUUUCCUAGAUUAUUCCCUAUAAAAACUACACUCUACCACGCUCUACCUUGCAGUAACAAUGCAGCGCGCCCUAAUUAUUCUUGUAAUUGUAUCGUGCAUUCAGAUACAGUUUCUCGAUGCUCAUAAAAAUUGCGGAAGAAAUGAGGUGUACUCUGAAUGCCACAGCCAGUGCCAACCAAAGUGUGGUGAUCGCCUAGAUGGUAUAUUUUGCACAAAAGUAUGUGUUAGAGGAUGUGGUUGCAAGUCCGGUUACGCAAAGAAGGGUAACGCCUGCGUACGCUAUACAAAAGAGAAUCGAUGCGCUAAAGUGGUAGCACGCCAUGGACGAUCCCACUGCGCGGAGACAGGGUCAUAUGUAAAAUGUUAACUCUAAGGUGUACGUAAAAUAAAUUGUGUUAAAAGAUUAGCAAUUUCAUACACAGA